CAGACGGCACUUUGGAAAGGUCACGCUCGCCUGCUCGCCUGCGACCUGGACAGGGGAGAACAGACUCUAUCACUCUACCAACUGGCACAUGCUCUAUUACCACACGCUUCUUGCUUCUAUUCCUUCAUUUCACCUCUUCGAUUCUUGAAUCCACCUGGUCGACAAGGUCUUUCCCCCCUCGAUAUCUCCACUCGAUCAAUUUCCUUGUUCAACCGCGCGAUCCUCUUGCCCGAAUUGUCCCGUAUCCAUCGUCCCCAUAUCGCCUUUCUUCGACCCUAUCAGCCCCAGGUGGAUGAUACAACGGGCCUGUUCCGUGCUGAAGCACCGUCCUUGAGCUCUACACGACAUCUGUCUGCAACUGGUGGGAAAAGACGCUUCAUAGACACACGAUGUUCUCGUACACACACCGAACACCGUGAAGAAUUUUCCAUGGACGCCACAGCCGCCUUCAACACCAGAAUUCUACUUGCUGUGACGCCUGCACACCUGCAACCGUCUUUGUCGACCUUGUUUUAUUCGUUACCUUCGCAAAACCCACGUCAGAGUCAUGCGUCUGGGAGAGAAGGAUCCCGUUACUGUCAACGGUAACAUAGGCCAGAGCUCGACCUCUCUACGAGACUUACCAAGUAUACCGCAGAAUCCUACCACAAUGGCAACAUCCGAUUUCCUCCUCCCUGUGCGAGAGUUUCUGUCAACACCCUUCACAGCCGCUUUCUGCGCCGGAGGUGUGGCGGGCGCUGUCUCCCGCACUGUCGUUUCCCCACUCGAACGCUUAAAGAUUCUGUACCAGAUACAAAGCGCCGGUCGCAACGAAUACAAGAUGUCCAUUGUCAAAGCUCUCAAGAAGAUGUAUACGGACGAGGGCUGGAGGGGGUUCAUGAGGGGAAAUGGGACGAAUUGCAUACGCAUAAUACCUUACUCGGCCGUGCAGUUCGGAAGCUACAACGUCUACAAGCGCUUCGCAGAACCAUCACCUGGCGCCGAUCUCGACCCCAUUCGCCGGCUCGUCUGCGGUGGUCUCGCCGGUAUCACCUCUGUCACAUUCACCUAUCCUUUGGAUAUUGUUCGUACGCGCUUGUCCAUCCAGUCAGCUUCAUUUGCCGCGCUCGGAAAACACGAAGGGAAGUUGCCUGGGAUGUGGCAGGUCAUGAUUAUGAUGUACAAAAAUGAGGGUGGUGUCCUGGGCCUUUAUAGGGGCAUCAUCCCCACAGUUGCUGGCGUCGCCCCCUAUGUCGGCCUGAAUUUCAUGGUAUAUGAAUCAGUCAGGAAAUAUUUUACGGAACCGGGUGAGAAGAAUCCUGUCUGGUACCGAAAACUUGCCGCAGGUGCCAUCUCGGGCGCGGUCGCGCAGACUUGCACCUAUCCUUUUGAUGUCCUCCGGCGGCGCUUCCAAAUUAACGCCAUGAAUGGAAUGGGAUACCAAUACAAAUCGAUAUGGGAUGCCGUCAGAACCAUAAUCGCACAGGAAGGGGUUCUUGGGCUUUACAAGGGAAUCAUGCCCAAUUUGCUCAAGGUCGCCCCGAGCAUGGCUAGCAGCUGGCUCAGCUUUGAGGUUGCAAGGGAUUUCUUGGUUUCUCUCGCUCCAGAAAAGGAGAAUGGAGACCCUAUUUGAGACCGCCUAAGCCAGCCUGAGAUGCAUGGCUCUUUCAUCCACACGAUUCACCAGGAAACCGCUGGGCAUCCUUGCACUGCACAGACGGAACGACUCGACACCAUUCGAAGCCCGGAACAAGGCACCGCCUGCGCAGAGGGAAGGAUUGGAUACUCUGAUCAAGUAUUUUUACCCUUUACAGAAGAGCUGCGCUACUUUUGCAAGGGCUGCUGUAUAUUCCACAUAAAUGGGGCAUGGCGAAAUUUCACGGAGUCAAAAGGUCGGAGGUAAAAUGGAUUAGAGAGACCUGAGGUGAGGCAUUUUCUGGAGUAUCAAGACAAGUCUAUGACAGAAUCGAAGUUUGAGCAUUAUUUCCAAGAGUAGAUCAAACUGAAUAUCGAAUUGGUCGUCCUCAUAUUGAUAGCCUUGGACUCUUUCGCUUUGAAUCUCUUCGCGAGUGCCAUACCCCCAUCAGGAUGACAUCUUAGAGCAAACUAUCCUAAAGCAGCC